AUGGCGCGAUGCAUUGUGGCCCCUGUUGCAAAGAUUGGUUUUGGCCAUGUGCUCUGCAUCGCAAGCAGGACAGGUUUUGCCAAAACGGCGCUCGGAUACGAGAUCAAAAGUGCCAACGCUGUCGCCUGGGGCCAUGACCGGUUCGUUGCUGAGCUGGGCGAUCACGGAGUCUCCCACGGGUCGAAUGCUGACGCAAACUCCAGUGUGGUGUACUCAAUACCCCUACCGACUACUAGGAGGAGUAGAGGUUCGUUCCGCGACUUGCAGGUCCUACUCGAGGUCUCGAAAAACGGGGAGCGGGGAGCAUUUCGCGAGUCCAACCACCCUCGAGUAGUGGCAAUGAGCACGCGGGACUGCCGCAGCUCGAGACCAUCGAGAAUGAACUCCAAGUCGCUGGCAUGGCGAUAUCGUGACCCCGGAGUACUUUUCGAGGUUGUCGACAAAUUUGACCAGGUGAAUGAUAUGCCACAGCUGGACAGCAUGAAUUCGGAGAAUGGUAUCAAGUUAGUGAGAUCGAUAUUUGGCAGAGUCACGCAGUACAAUGAUGAGCGUCUGACCGCGAACGUCCCCGUCGCAAGCCGACACAUUCUGAACCACAGGCGGAUUGGAGAUCGCGACUUGAUCGCCGUCGACGUCCGAGUUCCAGGAAGCAUCGGGGGCGGGGUCGUUCUGGUGGAACAGUAUCUUGUCUAG